UUAUGAAACAACCGAUUCGUCACAUUGUAUAGUGUGCAAAACAAUGUUGGGGUUUGAAUAUUCAAUGAAUGCCACCGUACUGCGCCAACUUUCUACUUAAUUCUGGUGGUUUUCCGCUCAUCUACCUCACCCACACUUCCCUUUCACCACCUGUCUCUCACACUCACCGUCAUCAUCAUAAUAAAUUCGAUGCUCUUAUUGUUCUUCUCAUAAGCCCAAAAACUUCUCCUGAGCCAUACCAUCAUCAUCAUCUUUCUCAUCAUUCACACCAUCAAAAUUCCUAAAAUGGAAUGCUGUAUAAUCUCCAGGCUAAGGGUUCAACCCCUAUGGUUCGCGCUGCUCUUUCUUGUCGGAUUAUUCACGAUUCUGAAACUGGCUUUCGUUGUUGUCAGAUGGGUCUACGUCAAUUUCCUCAGACCUCCCAAAAACCUCAGAAAGUACGGAUCUUGGGCUCUCGUCACUGGACCCACUGACGGCAUUGGAAAGAGCUUCGCUUUCGAGCUCGCGCGCAAAGGCCUCAACCUCGUACUCGUCGGUCGGAACCCCGACAAGCUCAAAGACGUGUCGGAUUCGAUCGUCGCCAAGUUCGGGAAAACCGAGGUCAAGACCGUGGUGGUCGAUUUCUCAGGGGAUCUGGACGAGGGUGUGGCCAAAAUUGGGGAAGCGAUUGAGGGGUUGGACGUUGGAGUGCUGGUUAACAAUGUGGGAGUUUCGUACCCUUACGCCAGGUUCUUCCAUGAAGUCGACGAGGGGCUUCUCAAUAACCUUAUUAAGGUUAACGUUGUGGGAACCACCAAGGUCACGCAGGCUGUUCUGCCGGGGAUGCUGAAGAGAAAGAGAGGAGCGAUUGUUAACAUUGGUUCUGGUGCCGCUAUUGUCAUUCCUUCCGAUCCCCUUUAUGCUGUUUAUGCCGCCACCAAAGCGUACAUCGAUCAGUUUUCCAGAUGUCUCUAUGUUGAAUACAAGAAGAGUGGAAUUGACGUUCAGUGUCAGGUUCCUUUAUAUGUGGCAACCAAGAUGGCAUCAAUAAGGAAAUCUUCAUUCUUUGUUCCAUCAACAGAUGGCUAUGCCAAAGCUGGUGUGCGAUGGAUUGGUUAUGAACCUCGAUGCACACCAUAUUGGCCACACACCCUUCUCUGGGCAGUUGCAUGUUCAUUACCUGAAUUUGUUGUUGAUGCUUGGCGACUGUGGUUCUGUUUGGGUAUUCGAAAGAGGGGACAACGCAAAGAGUCCACGAAGAAGGAAUAGAGAUUUACAGAAGAAUGCUUGGUUCUGCUGUUUAGGCAAACAUAGAUGCUACUCAUCUCAUACAUAUAUGCAGAUUUUAGCAGAUUAAGGAUAUUCCCAAGUAUCUGUUAUGUUCCUCAAUUUCAUGUUAAUGUUGUUUAGUAUCAGUUGUUGUGUGGUCUAUAAAUUCUUUUUACUCCUCUGUUUUGGUUGUUUCUGUUCACAUUUUCAGUACUUUGUUGAACUGAUAUGAUGUGUAUUGGCAUAUCGCUUAACCCGGUUUUCUCUGCUGUCAUUCCUUGCUUUUCUCUUACUGUGAGAUUUUAGAAAAUCUGUGUUUGAAGCCAACAGAUGAAGGUGUAUUUGGAAAAACACCGAGUUGGGGUAACUGUUUUUCUUAAUCCAUCAGCUUUGUUAGUUUCGCGGUUGUGUAUGGGAAUGAAUAAACCAUUGGUGAUGAA